GGGGGGGGCACUGUGAGAGCUGAAAAAUGAAUCACCAGGUGGUAGGAGAAGUUCCUGAAAAGGAAGGAGGAUCCUGCUUGGAGUGGAUAGGAUUUUAGCACCUCAAGCUAAGCCAAUAAACCUUUGCUGUCCAGAUCUGCAGGGGAACAAGGAGCAGCAGGGUCCUUGCAAAUGCUUCCAGAGCUGGUCAAGGCAAAAAGGACAAAGAGACCAAAUGGAGAGGCAUGUGCCUGCCAGGGGUGGGGCAGCCCCCUGUGUUAGCUAAGUGCAGCUGGAAAUAGCAUUAACCACACCGGAGCCCAGACAGCAUCCUGCAGAACAGACGGCUGUAGCAGCUGCAGUGCUUGGCCACUGCUUGGAAGGACACUCUUCGAUUUGCUUUAGGUCUGGGGGGCCGAAGAGAUUCUGGUGGGUAACUUGUUUCAGGACAAGAUGUCCUUUCAUGCUCCCUGCAGUUGGAGUUCUCUCUGCGGCCUUGACUUCCACAUACGGAGCAGUUUGGGCUGCGUGGACAGUUGUUCCCAGAGACAGGGCUCAUCUAAUUUGUUUUCAAGUUUAGUUUUCCACCUCUGAAUUUUCCCUGCUGCGGCACCUUGGCUAGCUAGACUGUAGCCUCCCUGGGACAUCAUGGAGGAUCUGGUCCGUGUGGGCAUCUUGGCUGCUGUCCUCUACUGCUCAGUCUGCGCUCUGGUUGACACUGAUGACGUCCUUACAAAGGAAGAACAGAUCUAUCUGCUGAUUGAAGCAAAGGAGCAGUGCCAGAAAACCAUAAGAAUCCAACUAGAGAAACCCAAAGAUACCAGCUGUUUUCCAGAGUGGGAUGGAAUUAUCUGCUGGCCCAAGGGCUCUCCAAACCAACAGGUGUCGGUCCCGUGCCCAAAAUACAUCUAUGAUUUCAACCACAAAGGUCAUGCCUACAGACAGUGUGAUGCCUAUGGGAGCUGGGAGCUAGCACUCAGCAUCAACAAGACCUGGGCUAACUAUACCGAAUGCACCAAGUUCCUCGCCCCUGAGCACCGGAGCCGAGAGAAGGAAGUGUUUGACCGCCUGCACAUGAUGUACACGAUAGGCUACUCCAUCUCCCUGGCCUCCCUUCUUGUCGCCGUGAGCAUCCUAUGCUACUUCAAGCGCCUACAUUGCACACGAAACUACAUCCACAUCCACCUCUUCAUCUCCUUUAUCUGCCGGGCUGUGAGUAUCUUUGUGAAGGACGUGGUUCUGUAUUCUGGCUUGUUGCCUGAGGACCUGGAGAAGAUACGCCUUGAAGAUCUGGAGAGUGAGUUGGUCCCCGUGGCAGGACACCAGACCCAGCUGGUGGGCUGCAAGGUGGUGGUAACUCUUUUCCUCUAUUUCCUGGCCACAAACCACUACUGGAUCCUGGUGGAGGGUCUCUACCUGCACAGCUUAAUCUUCAUGGCCUUCCUCUCUAAUAAGAACUACCUGUGGGCCCUCACCAUCAUCGGCUGGGGUCUCCCUGCUGUGUUUGUGUCUAUCUGGGCCAGUGUCAGGGCCUCCCUGGCAGAUACACAAUGCUGGGACCUCAGUGCUGGGAAUCUGAAGUGGAUAUAUCAAGUCCCUAUCUUAGCAGCCAUUGUGGUGAACUUCUUCCUUUUCCUCAACAUUGUGAGAGUUCUGGCAUCCAAGCUCUGGGAGACCAACACAGGGAAGCUGGACCCUCGGCAACAAUACAGGAAGCUGCUGAAGUCCACCCUGGUGCUGAUGCCGCUCUUUGGAGUCCAUUAUGUGGUGUUCAUGGCAAUGCCCUACACGGACGUCUCCGGGGUCCUGUGGCAAAUACAGAUGCACUAUGAGAUGCUCUUCAACUCCUCUCAGGGUUUCUUUGUGGCUUUCAUCUAUUGCUUUUGUAAUGGGGAGGUUCAGGCAGAGAUUAAGAAAGCCCAUUUCCGGAGGAGCCUGGCACUGGAUUUCAAGCAAAAAGCACGCAUCACCAGCACAGGAGGAAGCUUUUACUAUGGUGGCCUAGUAUCACAUGCCACCAACAGUGUCAGCAUGAGCAUUGCUGGCUGGGGAACAGCGGUGGCCGGGAUACAGCAGAGCACCAAACACCAUGGGCUGCCCCUAUGCGCACACACCAACCUGCCAGGGUUCAUCCCAAGCUCGUCUGCCUCUGACAAUUCCCUGCCUUCUCCAGCCACAGAAGGCACCCAGAUGGCCUCUGGGGAGGGUACUAGGGACUUCAUGUACUCAUCAGACCUGGUUCAAAGUCAUUUCAGUCUGAACAAAGAGCUGGAGACCAUGCUGUGAAGCAUCAUGCAAGCAAGUCUCCAACCAGACUUGGAAAGGAAUUGGCUCUGAGGCUAUAGGACUGUGAGAUGUUUUGCCUGGGGUUAUUAUUUAGUGAUGCAGAGAGUGUGGGAAGGGAAAGGAAGCGGGAGCUGAAUCUGGACUUCUGGCCUGUUAGCUUGACUUUCUGGGGUGGAUGGGAUCAGGGAACUCACAGCAUCAUCUUAACUACCUGGCCUAAAGAGGUGCAGCUGCUUCUGAACAGCUGAGGGGGAAAAGAAAUGCAUCUCUGUAGCCCGGAUAGUAUCUGAUCCAAACUUCUGCUUCCUUGGGUAUGCAAUUGGGCUGUGGUGGUGGUGACACCUGCAUGCAUAAGGCCCUGGAUGGUCAUGGGGAAACAAUACCCUGCCCCAUUUGCUCCAGUGAACCAUCCCUUGAGCUGCCACCAGCUCCAGCUUCCCAAAAGAAUCCAAGCAGCUACUUCAGACAUGGCUUGUAGCAGUUGCUAAGCAGAUCAAGUUGGCUCUUUCUGAGCAAUUCUGAGCCACUUAACACCAAUGAGCACAAUGGCAUCACACAGCCUGGGGAGCUGAAGUUAAGUGAACCUGCAGGAUAAAUGGUGUGGGAAAAGCAGUCCUGCAACUCAGGCAGCUACUAAGCUGGGUUCUGAACUAGCCAUUAUAACUCAGGAAAGAGACCUUGGAGUCAUUGUAGAUAAUUUGCUGAAACCAUUAGUUCCAUGUGCAGCAGUAAACAAAAUAGCUGAUAAAGUGUUGGGCAUCAUUAAGGGAAUUGGAAAUGCAAUGGAAAACAUCAUGUUAUUACACAAAUCCAUGGUGUGCCCAGGUCUUGAAUACUGUGUGCAGUUCUAGCAUCUGCAUCUCAAACAAGGAUGUAGUAGAAUUAGAAAUAUACAGAAAAGGGCAAUCAAGAUGAUCAGAGGUAUGGAUCUACUGCCAUGCCAGGAGACACUAAAAAAGCUAGGACUCUUCUGUUUGGAGAAGAAAAGACAGAGAGGUGGGGGAUAUGAUAGAGGUCUAUAAAGCCAUGCAAGAUGCAAAGUAACUAGAGAACUGUUAUUCACCAAACCCCAGAAAACUGGAACUGAAAUUAGCAGGAGACAAGCUUAACACAAACAAGAGAAAGCACUUUCUUAGGCAAUGCACAGUUAACUUAUUACCCCAGGAGGUUGUAGAGGCAGAUAAUAUAGCCAGGUUCAAAAAAGGGCUAGACAAGUUCAUGGAUGAUAGUUCUAUAAUAGCUAUUAAAAAGAACAGUUAGGGAUGUAUCCUCUGGCAUCCCUAAGCCAAUGAUGGUGGUACAGGAAGGAUAUGACAGCAUAAAUUGCUCUAGAUAUGCUGUGUUCAUACGCUUUCCCUCUAAAACAUCUAUUACCAUCAGAGAUAGGAUAUUGGGUCUAGACUGACUGUUAGUCUGGCACAGUAUGGCACUGCUUGUGUUCCUAUGUUUGAGCAGAUUAUGAGACUACAAAUCCCAGAAUGCAAAGCUCCUUCCUGAUCAGAAUAACCCAGCCAUCAAAAUGGGAGUACUAUGCACUGCAACCUAUCUUUCAAACAAGCUCCACUUUCAGAACAAGGGGCAGUGGGGUUGUGCUCCAUUGGAGGGAAAUUAAAGCACAACUCUAGGAUUCCCUCCCUUUAGCCAGAGGCCAGGGUAACAGCUGUGGUCACCCAAGUGCUGCCAGUCUAGAGGCUCCUGUGAAAUGAACUGUUUGUUUUUGCCCUGAAUCUUUGAACCACCCAAACUUUAUAUAAAAAACAACCAACAUCUAGGGUGGAAGGGGGAAGUGGAGCCUGUGGCUAUGGGCUGCAGAGCAGGAUGGGGAAACGUGUUGGGGUGAAUGCUGUUAACACAAGGGUGGCUGGUGUGUUGCGGUAACUACAGAAGCUGCUAAUACAUGAUGAGGAGAGGAGGGGCAGAAGCAAUCUCUAGCCACGUGCAGCCAGAGAACCACAUACUCUAUCCUGCGGGUACAGUGAGCACCAUGUUUCCUGGUUAGUCCUUGGCAUUUUUUCUGCCAUUGUCUGAGCCACACCUCUGCUGAAACCCCUGCUAUGUAAGGGUUUGUAGACUGCGAAAUGAAUGACUGAGCCAGUCCCUGUAGCUCAUGUCCGUCUUUAAAGCCCUUUCCCUGUAAGGAGACUGGAUAGAAACUUGGGCACACAGAUCUACUUGUACCUCCUUCUUCCACUACGGUAGCCUGGGCUGGCACCCUCAGCCCUGCACAGAGUGGAAUAGGGCUUGUGCUAGCAGACUGGCCCGUAUAUUGGCCUCACAGACUCCAAAGCGCUGAGGUGCUCACUGUCCUGUUAUUAAAUGACAAAUCACCUGGAAAGAGACUCAAUCUUACACUUAGUAAGACCCACUCCAGAGCUCUGGCUACCAAUCCCAGGCUGAUGGGAUACAGGCAUCCUAUAGGAAAAUCCUGAUCAUGCUGUCAGCAAAGAGCCGAACGCAGCCGUGCAUUUCUGUAGCCCUUUGCCAAAGCAGCAAGCACGCUCUAGACAAUUAAUGGACCAAGCAACACAUGCCAGAGAGAAGGGUGCAAGGACUUGGCCAGUGUGACCCAGCCUCAGAGCCAGGAACAGAAGUGAGAAUUAAGAUUCUUUCCCCCCUGCCCUGAGGACAAGAACCACUGCCCUCCACAGCACCAAAAUAAAUAAUAUCAUCUAC